AUGGAUGGAGAAAGAAAGCAUUUCGAGCAAAUCUUCCGGACGCCUAGACAGGGAUUAGCGCUCACGAAUCGCUACAGCCAGUCGAGUUCAAGUCUUCCCUCUUCAAAUUUUGCCGAUAUUAAUACUCGCUUGUUCAAAGCUGAAACCUCCGCCACUAACGCAAAACUAUAUGAAGCCACCGAGGAAAAUAGGCUUUUGAGUAAACAAAUUGAAGAGCAGAAGAGAUUGAUUUUGGAUUUACAAAAAGAUAACAAGGACCACGUUCGAAAGCAAGAAGAUAUGGUUAAUGAAAUAGCCAACUUGAAGAAAGAAGUUUCUCGAGGGACACGAAAUCUUGAAGAAGCGAUGAACGAGUCGGCAACGAUUUCGACAAAUGUCGAAGCGGAAUUGUCUUGUCUACGAAAGGUUGCAAACAAACUCUACAAUCAUCAUUUAAAGGAUCGUGCCCAACUUCAAUGCGUGAAGAAUCUACUACUUCAGAAUACACUUUGGACUGCCAAAAAUCUCUUGGAGAUUCGUUCUUCUUAUUUGGGAGUGCCUAUCUCAAAACUGGAUGACGAGAAAAUCAGUGAAUGGUAUCGUGGAUCGGAAAUGGAUUACACGGGGAUUGAUGAAACCGAGCCUCCACAAGUGGUUCCAUCUCCAGAGUUUGUUUUCAACAACGAUGAAGAGACAGCUGAUUUGACAACGGGCCUGAGGUUUCAGAGAAAAGUGAUCAAUGACACGAUGCAACUUGCUAGGAAACGAUCGGGAAGUGGUCCUCGACGAAUUUUGAGUCCAAUACCUUCUGAGAGCAGUUUAACCGAUAUGUCCACAACGCAACAGGAUAUUACCGAGGCUUCAGUCUGCGAUCAAACCAUGAAUUCGGUAGACUACGAAAACUACGAGAAGAUUCAGAAAUUGGAAGCUGAUACUUCACAACUCCGCCAACAACUAUUCGUCGCUCAGAGUCACGCCAACAAUGCUCUCCUUUAUUGCCAUCAGAAGUUGGACUUCGAGAAAAAAUACAACUUCACCAACAAGAAAUUGGAGGAGACAAUGAAAGAGUUGUGCGCUAUUCGAAACGCAACGGCUCGGAACUUGUUCGGAUCAGAAGAUGGACGAUCACAAGUGGAUAAAAUUGUGGCAAUGAAUCAGAGAAUUGAAGAGCUUGACAAUGAAGUGAAAAAGUUGAGAGACAAGCUGGCAGAAAGUGAACGAAACACGGAAAAGGCGCAUUCGAUGUUGAAAGAUGAGAGAAUGACGAGCGAUUCAUUGAGAACAAAUUGGGAUGAGCACAUGACAUAUUGCGAGAGUAAAAUUGAUGAAUUACAAAUCAAAUUCAAUAUGGCCAAUGAACAAGUUGACGACUUAAGGAAGAAACUUGCCAACCAAGAUACUACAAUUCAAGAAUUGCAGCGCAAAGUGACCACUCAUUCGGAGCCAACCGAUGCCGGUGACACAACACAGAUAUUCCAUGUGCGAAUGAAUCCUUUGGAAAUGGCCCAUUUGCAGUUUAAGCAAAAAGAGGAAGAAGAAGAAGAACGAGAUAGAAAGAGGAAAUUGGUCCCAGAUGCUGGACCAAGUGAAGAUCACGAAGAGUUGGAAGCUAAACGAGCUAAAAUCAAUGAACGAGUGACAGUACUUGAAGAGCAACUUAGACGUGCAGAACAGUCGAAAGCAAAAGCCGUCGAAAUACAAGGCAACUUGGCUCGUCGUUAUCGAGAAGUUUCAACCGCUCUCACGGGAUACCAAAUCAAGAUGCGAGAUGAAGAGUGCCAUGUUGUGAGCUGUGUUGGAGUCGAACCCGAAGAUGCUUUCACGUUUAAGUACGAAGACGGGAACUUGAUGUUAAUCGCCCGUGAUGAUGGCUCUUCCGAGAUCAGCUCUCAGAAGUGGCGGAAAGAAAUGGACCAGUAUCUCGGCGAAUGGAAGAGCGUGCCGGCUUUUCUUUCACAAGUGACGAUCUCUUUGACGGAAACUUUGCACGAAGAACAUACCUUCACACAGCCAUCAUAUUCUGUGAUACACGAUGAU